GAGUUUGCGACCUUCUUGCUGGACUUGUUCAUCGGAGCGACAGAGGCAUCGACCCUGUUCGAGACCCUGGACACGGAUUCGUCGGGGGCGUUGUCACGAGCAGAGAUGCAUGUGGUGUCUGGCAACGACUUGAAGCUCUUCGAUUUCCGCAGGCUUAUCUCCUGGACCUUCGACAAUCCAGAGAACACCUUCCAAGUCGCUGACUUCGAUGGCAACGGCCUCGUCUCUGAGCUGGAGCUCCAACGCCUCAGCUGCCGCAGCCUGGCUCUGCGCGGCAACGUCACAGCUGCAACGGUCUUCCGAGCAGUGGAUGACGCCUUGGUUGGUGAGGUGUCGGUUGAAGAUUUUGGCUUGGCGGUUGGCUCCGUGGAGGUCAUGGGGCUUCGGACCCUUGUCCAAUCCGUCUUCACCGCCGGCGUGGAGGCCUUCCUGUCCUUCGAUGCCAACGGGGACCGCUUACUACAACGCUCGGAAUUCGAGGGGGCAGAGGCAGAGCUCGGAUCUCUCUUGCUCGGAGUGGGCUCGGCCUACGACAUGCAAGUCCUGCGCUGUAUUUGUGAGAGGACCCUGAAGUCCUCGAGAAAGAAAGAGGCAGAGACAGCGAGAGCGAAAGGCAAUGCAGAUGUGGUUCAUUUGGACAUCUUCCUCUUGGCAGCGAACGGCCUCGCUGAGUUCCGCAGCCUUUUGAGGGACAGUUUCAGAGAUGUUCGGGAAGCACUGCUGGACUUUGACACCUCGCCGCCCUGGAGCGAAGUGUCUUAUGAGGAGUUCUAUGUCUGGUGCGAAGCCCGACUCCAACUGCCCACCUCCCUCAUCCCCGAGAUCUUCACCGACCUGGACACCAGGAAAGAAGGCUUUCUUCGACCCUCACACUUUGAGAUGCUGCUGGCGGCCGAGGUUGGUGCUCGAAGCUUUGGUCAACUCUUGGGCUCCGCAUUGGGCGACCUGGCUGCCGCCUUUGACGAAGCUGAUGGCGAGGGUGAUGGAAAUGGACUGGUGACGCUAGAGGAGUUGACCCGCCUGGCAUCACCUCUGGGAGUGAGAUCUGCAAAUGUGGCCAAGCUCUUUACGGAAUUGGACGUCGAUCGCGUCGGGUCCCUGACGAAGGCGCAGUUCGAGGUGAUGUCACUGCCCAACCGUAUCUUCCGCCUCAGCAACGGCGAGUCUGAGCCGGACCGCAUCCACGUCUACGAGAUGCGGCUUUUCCGCGACGACGACUGCCUGUCGGAGCUGCCCUGCGACCUGCCGGUCGCCAGCGGCCAUUUCCUCCUCCUCCAGGAGGGCGCUGUGGUGAACCCCAACGAGACUGCCAUGGUCUACAACGACGUCAGCGCAGGCCGUGCCUUCGACAGGAACUUCUCCUCGAGGUGGAUCUCGCAAUGUGGCCCCUGCAGGGCCGAGGAAGCUUGGAUCGGUUGCAAGUUCGACCUCCAGAUUGAGGUUCCCAUGACAGACGCCACGCCGGCGGCAGCCCCGACUGCACCAGCGGCGACAGGUGGCGGCCUGGAAAGCGCAGACAUUUGGGGUGAGGACGACAUCGUUACCGCUGACCUGAAAAGGUCCAGCGUUGAUGAAAUCAAUCAGCGGAUUCGACUUCUAGACAAUGACAUCCGUGUCAUGAAGAGUGAGCAGCAGCGUCUCACGCACGAAAUGAAGACCAUCGAAGAGAAGACGAAGGACAACAAGGAGAAGAUCAAGCUGAACCGCCAGUUGCCUCAUCUGGUUGCAAACGUGGCCGAGAUCCUGGAGUUGGAGAAAGAAGAAGACGACGAGGAUGGUGCCAUGCAAGACAUCGACACCCAGCGGGACGGCAAAAGCAUGGUCAUCAAAACGACCACCAGGCAGACCAUCUUCCUGCCUGUGAUCGGUUUGGUGGAGGCGUCAGAACUUAAACCGAAUGACUUGGUGGGUGUGAACAAGGACUCCUACCUGGUCUUGGACAAGCUGCCGCCAGAGUACGACUCCCGCGUCAAAGCGAUGGAGGUUGAUGAGCGCCCCACUGAUCAGUACAGCGACAUUGGCGGUCUGGAGAAGCAGAUUCAAGAGUUGCAGGAGGCAAUCGUCUUGCCCAUGACGCACAAGGAGCGCUUCGAGAACAUCGGCAUCCAGCCCCCGAAGGGAGUGUUGAUGCAUGGGCCGCCGGGUACUGGCAAGACCAUGAUGGCCCGAGCUUGCGCAGCUGCCACGAACGCCACUUUCCUGAAGCUGGCAGGACCCCAGCUGGUGCAAAUGUUCAUCGGCGAUGGUGCGAAGAUCGUCCGUGAUGCCUUCGUCCUUGCAAAAGAGAAAGCACCUGCUAUCAUCUUCAUCGACGAGUUGGACGCCAUCGGCCAAAAGCGCUCCGGCGGAGGGGAGCUUUCUGGGGUCCGCGAGGUUCAGCGAACCAUGCUCGAGCUGCUGAACCAGCUGGACGGCUUCACCAACCAGACCACCGUGAAGAUCAUCGCAGCCACGAACCGUCCAGAUACGCUGGAUCCCGCGCUGCUCCGCUCUGGACGCCUGGACCGAAAGAUCGAGCUCCCGCACCCCAAUGAGGAUUCCCGUGCGCGCAUCAUGCAGAUCCAUUCCCGGAAGAUGAACUACAAGAAAGACGAUGUGAACUUCGUGGAGCUUGCCCGCUCCACUGACGACUUCAACGGAGCCCAGCUCAAGGCAGUGUGCGUCGAGGCAGGCAUGGAGGCACUCCGCCGCGGCGCCACGGAGCUGUGUCAUGAGGACUACGUAGCUGGGAUCGGUGCUGUCCAAGCGAAGAAGAAGAGCAACUUCAACUACUAUGCCUGA